GAUACAAUGUUUGUUUUCAUUUUUUCCUGACAACAAAAAUUAAACUAAAACUAAACAACCACGAAGUGUUUGUCGGCGCAAGAGUUUAGUUAUUGACCAUGUGUGAAAAUAUAUGCACCUGCACGGGGAUUUCAUUUCAAGGCACCAUACAAAAAUUACUCAAUCAAAGUUUUUUACACUUGUACAACUUUUUUAUUUUAAACAAAACAACUUAUCCUUUCCAGAUAUUAGAAUGUUCAUAAUUUAAUCAAAAUGAGUAAAGAAGAGCAGAAUUACGAUACCAACGAAUACGAUGAAGAAUCUUUUGACAAUGAGAGCUUCGAAGAUGUUCUGAGUGAUGAAGAAUCAAUACAGGAAGAAUCGAGUGAUGGGGAUGGAGAAUCGUUGAAUGAGUUGAUACCAGACAAUUCUUCUGUGAAGAGUUCAAUUGAUGAAAAUCAAAUCGAAGAAAUUGAUUACAACGAAGUUUCAAGUAUUAGCUCCGAGUCAGAGGAUUCUAAUGUUAGGCCUUAUACCAAAACUGCUGAAACUUCUAAAAUAAACAAUGAAGCUGCUCCUUGUGUUUGCUUGAAGGAUACCAAAGAAACACCAGCUUCAAUUUUAAACCAAGGUGAUGAUGUUGAUGCAAACGUAGUUGAAGGUAGAAAUGCAUCGGAAUUUCAAACAAAAACACACUCGAAAACGAGUCCACAUGAAAUAGAUGAAAGCGAAUCAGAUGAUUUUGAAGAAGAAGACUUGACUGAAAAUGUUAAAUCCCUAACAAUACAAAAUAAAGAAAGUUCCCCAGAGGUAGAAGUUCCUAAAGAAAAUCCAAAUUUAGAAAUCGAAAAGCAUUAUGUAGCCGACAACACCGGCGAUUAUUACAUCGACUGUGAUGUUUCACAAGCGUCUGAAAUUGAAUUUAUUGUAACAAGUCAAACUCCAACUAGUUUUAAUUCAGAAAGUUAUGCCUUUCAUACGGAAUUAACACGAAAACCAACACGUUCCAAUACUAGUUUGCAACAACAAAGAAACACUCACAGAAAGAGCCUUAGUUUUUCUAACGAAAGAAUGCGAGAAAUUGAAAGACAUAACCAAAUUUUACUACGUAAAAUUUUAACUCAAAAACCUCGUAAAGAGUUUUUAAAUAAAAAGAGUGAGUGUCCAAAAUUAAGGACAACGACAUCUGCUGUUAAUAGAAAAAAACAACAGCGUCAAAUUGAUUUGGAUAAUCCAGUUUUGAAGAGGAAAAUUGAGGCCAUUGCUUUACGACGACCAAAAGUUCUUUAAAUUUUUGUAUUAUGAUUUUGUUUUUAAAACUUUGAGACUUUAGACAUAUUUUUAUAUAACACCGAAGUACUUUACAUCAAUAAUAUUUCAUAUACAAUUUUAUUAGAUACUGUUUUGCAUUUUACUUGAAAAAAAAAAUGAAUUGUCAAUUUAAUUUAAUUAUUAGAGCGACAAAAGUUAAUCGUAGUUGUAUUUUAUUGGAAAAUGAAUUACGAAAGCAUUGGGCUUUGGUGGGUUCAGACGACAUAAGAGACUUGAAAUUACGACAAGUUUUUAGUAUCUGUUUAGCCAGCUGUCAAGAAAAUGCCUUCCAAUUAAGGUAACUUUAUUGGAAGUUGACUGGAAAGUUAUAAAUAAAUUAGACAACAGUAAUUUGUGAACUGUGUGCGAGUAAUGUUGUCAGAGAUGGUCGGGACCUCCAAACGUCUAAUUUGAGAAAGCACUUCUCAUGACAAGAAUUACUCCUCGCAAUGAGGGUGUACCCUUGAAAAAACUUUGUAUGGCAUAGGCAAGUCUUGAACCCAAGACCUCUGGCCUGACAGUCCAACGCAUUAACCAUCGCCACGGGUAAUACUAGUGGAAAGUUAGUCACUAAAAUUCUCCCUAACUAUCAAGUCAAGUCCACCUAUAUUACUCUAUGAUUUAUUUAUUUUCUGAACAAUUCCAUUUAAUAUUUUGUGUUGUAGGGUUCCUUGUCAAAGGCUAUAAACUGCGACACGCAAACCAAAUAAAGUCCAACGUUCACCUUACUUAUGUUUAAUCGGAUGACCCCAUCCGCGGCACUGGAUACCUAACAUCACUUUAUAUGCGAGUACUUAGCAAACAAAAAGCUGCAAGCCCUGUUAUACUCCUCAAAACUUCAUCGCAGUGGGUUAACAACAAUAUUGGCCGCUACGUAAUUCUUAAGAAUUUAGAAUCAAAUCAAAAGCACGUAGACUACAACAGCAAUUCGAUAGAAACUUUUGACUUCAAGAUCUUUCUGGGAGGAUAGGGAAUUCCUGGAAGACGAGUCAGUCCCCUUUUUUGCAGAUGGAUUACUCUGAACAACUGAAAAUAAGUCCCUCAUUCCGCCUUUCCAAUCAUUGUGCGUGUUCCAGGUGGAACUUUGAGCCAUAAAAGAGGUCUUGUCCUGGCUUAAAGAAAACGUGAUGUCAACAUCUUUUAUCCGUAUUUUCUCAGAUAGUCAGGCCGCUAUCUCUAGACCUUGUCUCUACAAGCUCUAACAGUCUAUAACUGUUGAUCAUCAUUACCAUAAAUGGAACAAUAUUGGUCGCAUUCACAAAGCUAGUGGCUACGAAGUCAAAAUUCAACUAGCUUUGUGAAUGCAAAACUACACUACAAAGCUAGUCAAUCUGGAACUGUCAUAUCAUUGACAAAUGCAAAUAUAUGAGAUGAGAAACAUUUUUGAUUUGAUAACUUUAACUUAGCUUAUUUGAUAACUUUAGCUUAGUUUUUAAAUUCAAUAAAAUGAAAUUUAAGACACAAUUUGAAUGAUUUAUAUUGAAAGAUUUAUUUCAUUUUGAAUUCGUGUGUCUUUACCCAGCAGCUGAUUCUGAAACGUCAAAAUCAUUCUCCACUAACUUUGUAGCCGAAUUUUUUACACUACGUCGGAGAGUAAAUUUCAACUAAUUUUGUAGUUAGAUUUAGCCAAUCAGAAUCCCUUGAAUACGUAGCCACUAGCUUUGUGAAUGCGACCAUUCCCCAUUCUUUCACGUUUCGUAAAGUACUCAAAUUUUCUCAUUGAACUCAGAUGAAAACCUCAAAUUCAUGUGGUAUCACAAUGUGAAAUUAAGUGUGUUUUACUAUCUCACGCGGACAGAGGCGGAUAGCUUGUAGCUUCAAGCAAAUAAGGUCGCUGAAAGGAAAGGUUUUAGGUUUUGAACAUCCUCCAUUCUGCUCUUCUUGGAGGAUUGCAGAAAGAGAAAGGACCAGCUCCGAGAACCAAAACCAAAACCCGACGAAGAAUUAAAGAACACAGGCCAAUUUUUGAUGAGAAGGAAUUAGAAAUAAAAUUAAAAAUUGAACCUGUCUCCAUCUGAUAAGAAACUUUCUUGCUUACUCAAGAGCCAAGAUUUUCUCCAGGUUAAAAGUUCUUUUAUUUUGUUGCACUUUGUGCAAGAGAUCCUAAUAAUUUGAAAUCCUUAAUAAGCAAUUCAUUAUAGAUAUCAUGACUAUUUUGUUCACAUUUUAUUGGCAAUUCUAUUUGAUGGUGCCCCUUGAAUGUUUUUUAAAGAAGCGUUGGAUAACCAAAAGGAUACAUCAUGCAACAAAAGUUCUUGGGUUGGUCCCUUUAUCUUUACUGUAAACAAACCCACUCAAAAUCUUAUCGAAAAGCAACUUCUGCUCAUUCGGAAAUGAGAUAGAAAUUCCUCCAAACUAUAUCUAGGUAUUGUCACUUCAUAAUAGUCCUCGUUUCUGUUAGGAUAGUUUUCUGUUAAACGUAAAUCACUUAAAAUCGAAAAUUUGGCAAGUAAAUUAUUAAGCUAAGAGGAAAUUUAACAUAGCUACAGAUUAAGGUUAUCUAAAUUAAAUUGUUUAGCACCUAUCAAUUCAUCAUCGUCCGACGAAUCAGUUGAAUUAUCCAUUAAAUGUUUUAUCUUACAACAAUUUCGACGUCGAAGAUUAGAUGUUUCCAUGCUUUUUGUGAACAUCUGAAAUUUGUUUUUAUUGUUUGACAGCUAUCCAACUCGUUCAACAAGGUAUCUGACAAUCCACCUAUCCAACACGAGAUUGAACGCAGCCAUUAAAACAUUUUCUAGCGGUGUUCAAAAACUCAUCUUUAUGUUUAAGUUGUGACCCCUAUCCCAUGAUUAAAAGUCUGCACGCGUCCUUGCUUAACAUACCGCUCAUGUACGACCUUCUAAUGUAUAUUAACUUAUUAACAUUAGAUUUAAGCCCUUAAGGUUAGUGCAACAUAUCAAAGUGAUUUAAUUAUCUAAUAAUAAAAAGAAUAUUUAUAAAACCUCCAAUACUUAAACAAAAAUAACAAAACAAACAACUCUAUUUAAGUUUCUGCUAAAUCCUCUUAUCUGACCUGAAUACAAAUUAUAAACACCUGCAAAUCUGAUUUCAAAAUAAAAUCAAUUGUUAAUAAAAAUAAAGACUAUAUGUAUAAAAGAAUAAAAUUAUUGACUGUUGCACAAAGUAGAAAAUAAAACUUUUAUUUUUAUAUUCUAUACACUUAGCAACAAGAAUUUUUGUCGAAAUUUUAUAAAUUGAUAGACAUAUUUUAAAACAGUCUAAUGAGAAAUCACUGUUAAACUAUCAAGUACCAUGCACAGCAAAUUUAUCGCAAACUGUCCAAAUUGAUAACUACAAUAAACCUUCUGCACUUUCCUCAAUUGACAUGGAAAAAGAUUUGAUAAGGUGAUGGAAUAGAAAUGAUAUGCAAUACAGUGCACAUCUCGUAUAACGAUUUAGGUCUGAAACCUAAACAGUCUUAUUUAUCAGAGACUUACUUUAGACUUAGGCAGUGGGUUAACAAUGUGAUUUUUUGAAUGUAGCCAUAGUUUGGUUCGGGUAACAAAAGUAGGACCACUUCGAAGCGCUAAAACUUACGAAAUGUUUUAAAACACUGAUGGUGAUCUCUAGAAUUCAGGAACUCGACUAUAAAACAAAAUGUCUUUAAAUAAAUAUACAUACGAUAUGUUCACUGUUAGCCUAUAAUAAUAUAGAUCAGCCUCCACCUAAUCAGUUUCAAUAAAAAUAGAGGCAACUGCACCGGUAGCCCGUAAAAAUGUAUAUCAUGCACCUUACAAUUGUGUUUAAUUAAGCCAUUAGGUGCGCUUCUAGAUCAAUUCCUUUAAUUGCUUCCAAUUUGUCAUCAGUUCAGUUCGUCAUUUACAUAUAUGUUAUGCAUGUAGGUACUUGCUGUGUAUAUGCAUUAUCCGAGUAAUGAAGUUGAUACUAAUCUCAUCAACCAUAUCCAUAUCAGUCAAGUCAUACGCAUAAUCUUCCAAGAUAUAAAUUUUAAGCUUUCAGUUCAGUAUUCGACGAUCGUUUGAAGUGAAAACAACUCAUAUACAAAAAUAAAUCCUUAAGCAAAAUGAAGAGUCAACCAAUUAUCGAUAAAAUUGUUGAAAAAUUACAAACUAUCGACGCAUCAAACCGAACAACAUUCCUUAUUUUUCAAUUUAAUUUUAACGCUGCCGAUGGAAGCCUUUUGAAAAGUUUUGUUCUGGAUUUGAAAGAACUUAAGAUGUACGAAGGAACUGCAGCCAGUCCCGAUAGUGAAAUAGUUAUUGGAGAUGAAGAGUUCUUUAUGUGGGCAACUAAUCAAAUUACCUACGAUGAUCUUAAAGCUAAUAAUAAAGUCGAGAUAAAAGGCAAUUUAGAAGCUGUGAUGAAGUUGAUGGAUAAGUUCCAUAAGUAAACUUUCUUAAAAUAUAGUGUUUUAUAUUUUUAUAAUUAAUAAUCGAGCAAAAGUUAAUAAAAUUUGCAUGUGUAUUUA